AUGGCUACACUAUUGCUACUGGGUCUGGCGACCGUGAUGCUGGGCUUGACCACAGCUUAUCCUGUCCCUCCUUCCAAGCCCACCCCAGCCAGAGAAGGCUGUAACAUCAGCAUUUUCCAAUCUAUAUCACCACAGACGAGAGAAAACUUCAGGAAUGCCAAUGAUGCUUUGGAAGAAUCACGGCUACAGAAGGAUGUCCGGUGCAGCCCCAAGCUCUUUCCCCGUAGGUGGAAACUGGUCCGGCUGCAGGUCCAGGAGCGCCUCAAAGCCUUGCAGGCUGAGCUGCACCUGACACUGCAGGUCCUGGAGAACGUGACUGACUCUGCUUUGUACCCCAUCCUGGAGCAGCCUCUUCACACCCUGAGCAACAUCCACUCUCAGCUGCAGGCCUGUAUUCAGCCUGAGCCUGCAGCAGAGCCCAGGCCCCCAAGCCACCGCCUCUCCCGCUGGCUGCACCGGCUCCGGGAGGCCCAGGAGAAGGAGACCCCGGGCUGCCUGGAAAUCUCUGUCACUUCCAACCUCUUUCGCAUGCUCCUCCGGGACCUGCCGUGUGUGGCCCGUGGAGACCAGUGUGCCUGACUUUGGACUCUCCUGCCAGCUGCUGGAAU